ACCAACAAAAACUAAUUUAUUAUUGAGUUGUUGGACGAAUUAUGAAGUAAAAUCUUUUACGCAAGAUCUAUCAAGAUAUAACAUAUUUUCAAAAACAAUAACACAUAACUAUUCUACCUUGGAUGAAUUCAGAGAAGUAGAAAUGUUUAUAAUGGACUUUGACUGUUAUAAUUUCACACAAAUCGAGUGGAAUCACGAGUUACUGCAAUUUCCACGCCGUUGGUUUAUUUUCAUCAACAACAUUUUAACUUUCACCAAAAAUUUACCCAUAUGGAUCAAUUCCAGGGUGUACCUGCUUCAAAAACAACCACCUCACAUUUUAACUUCCCCGUAUAUAGUUUUAAACACAACUUAUUACCAAUACAACAAAAUCUCUGAAUGGAUGAAAGACAGUUACAUGUUACCAAUGGCAGACAUCUUGGAUUACGAGCACAGGUCGAAUCAACAUGGACUCACCAUCAACUCCACUGGUGUCGUAGUAUACCCACGAACAACUGAUCAUCUGCUUGAUUGGAGAUAUUUGGACGAAGAUGCAAUCACAAAACACAACUAUCUUCUAUUGCAUCAUUUAAUGGACAUCCUCAAUACCAGAUUGAAUAUCUCCUGGGCUCCCAGCUGGGGAACAAAACCACCCAAUAGCACGUACACCUACAUGAUGGGCGAUCUUGAAAAAAGCAUAUCUGAUAUUGCUGGGACAAUUGGAUUUAUGACCAAUGAUCGAUUCGUGUUUGCUGAUUAUGUUGCCAAUCCAAUACCGACACUGGGGAAGUUUAUCUUGAAGGCACCUCCGCUGUCAGCUGUCAAUAACAUCCUAACUAUGCCUUUUGAUUUUAAUGUGUGGGUAUCUUUCGCUGUAUUAACAGUUCUCAUUGUUGGAUUGAUGCUGGUCACAGUAAAAUGGGAAUGGCAUUGUUUUAAAUUUAAUCAGAAAUCAGCAGAACACUUACGGCCUCAACCAUUGGAGAUUAUACAGUUUCAGAUUGGUGUUGUAUGUCAACAGGGGAUUGAAAAGGAACCGUUUAGUUUAUCAGGAAAAAUAAUUACAUUCAGCGCACUUUUAUCAUCGUUAUUCUUUUACACGUCGUAUUCUUCUUGUAUUGUUGCUCUUUUACAAUCUAGUAGUACCAGUAUAACAACGUUGGACGAUCUAUUGAACACCAAUAUUAAAUUGGGUGUUCAUAAUUUACCGUAUGCAAAGUUUUUCUUCUCUAGACAACGUGGUGAAGUAAAGGAAGCUAUUUAUAAACAAAAGUUACUCCUCCAAAUAAACCAGAGAAUUUAUUUUCGACUGAAAUCGGCGUGGAGAGAAUGCGUACAGAGUUUUUCGCUUUUCAUGCCGAGAUCGACACGAUUUAUAAACAAAUAUCCAAAACAUUCCUAGAGCAUGAGAAGUGCGGAAUUGUCGAGAUUAAAUACCUAAGCG